GAGACUUGAGGAGAGGCGGAUUUAAGGAGUGGUAUUGGGUGGAGGUGUCCUGCUGGUGACUGUCGCUGUUGCCUUGCCGCCGCCAUGCCCGUCAAAGGAGGCACCAAGUGCAUCAAGUACCUGCUCUUCGGCUUCAACUUCAUUUUCUGGCUUGCAGGGACAGCAGUUCUUGCCAUUGGGCUAUGGCUUCGAUUUGAUUCACAGACCAAAAGCAUCUUUGAGCUGGAAUCCAACAACACAACGUUUUACACAGGAGUUUACAUCCUGAUUGGAGCUGGUGCUCUUAUGAUGCUGGUUGGUUUCUUGGGAUGCUGUGGUGCAUUGCAGGAAUCCCAGUGCAUGCUUGGCUUGUUCUUCCUCUUCCUUUUUGUGAUUUUUGCCCUUGAAAUUGCUGCUGCCAUCUGGGGAUUUGCAAAUAAAGAAAAGGUUGUUGAAGAGCUAAAGGACUUCUACAAGGAAACCUACAACAAGAGAUCUCAACCAGCUGCCAGAGAGACCCUGAAAGCAUUUCAGUUUGCUCUGGACUGCUGUGGUCUUACAGGUGCACUUGAGCAACAAUUCCAGGAGACCUGUCCCAAGAAGAACUUCUUAGAGUCAAUUUCAACAAUGUCGUGCCCUGCUGCCAUCGAUGAUGUCUUCAAUUCAAAACUGAAUGUGAUUGGAGCAGUUGGCCUUGGCAUUGCUGUCAUAAUGAUCUUCGGCAUGAUCUUCAGUAUGGUUCUGUGCUGCGCUAUCCGCAAGAACAGAGAAAUGGUCUAAGCUUAAAGAAACAAAACCCAACCACCAAGACUGCUGCACUAUAAAAAACCUUUCUCAUUAACUUUAGAGUUCUGAAAGCAUUUCUAAACAAAGUUAUAUUUGUUACCUUUUUAAUGCUUUAUUUGGUACUGAUGUAGGUCUGCUGUUUGUGUUCUAGGUUACAAAUGACCAAGGUAUAUCUUGACUUCAGGCAAAUAUUGUAUAUAAAAUAUCUGACUUUCUUGAAACUUACUUAAUUUGGAUGUAAUUUAUGUUGGAGACAAUUUGAUACUUUAAUAAAGAGUAAGAUGUAUUCUA